CCCCUUCCUGAACCACUUCCCUCCUCUCUUCACACUCGGCCGUAUUUCUAUUCUAGACUUCGGCUGCACGGUGCCCCUCAGUUUUGAGCACGGGUCAUACUUUUCCUUUCUGUCGCGUUUUUAUGACAUAACUUCAUGUGAACUCCAUGAGGGCACAGACGCUUCCACUUUCUUUGCCGCCAAUCCCGUGUUUCGGACCCAGCCGCGAUGAAGUCAAAGACCGGUCUCGCCCAACUUACUGAGAACCGGAACUGUUGAGUUCAGUCAGGAAAACAGGCUAGGGAACAGCGAAGGGCAUAGCCAACCGGAAGUGUGGCGUUCCUGUCCGGAAGUCCCGAGCCCCCAAAGGCUGCCGGGAAGCGUGGUUUUCAAGGGAGCGCUGCUCUUCACUUGCAGCGAAUGCGCAUGCGCUGCCCGGGUCCUCCUGGAUUGCGAACAUGGCCGCGCGGUCGCUGUGGGCGGUCCGGCGGGUGCGGCGCCUCCUGGCCUCGAGUGCUGCGUGGGAGAACAGAGGAUGGCUGCCCCCAUUCAGCACUGCCACCCAGAGAACUGCUGGGGAGGACUGCAGUUCCGAGGACCCUCCAGAUGAGCUUGGGCCAUCUCUUACUGAACGAGCCUUGAGGCUAAAAGCUGUGAAACUGGAAAAGGAAGUCCAGGAUUUAACAAUAAGAUACCAGAGAGCUGUGGCUGAUUGUGAAAACAUAAGGAGGCGGACCCAGAGAUGUGUGGAAGAUGCCAAGAUAUUUGGAAUCCAGAGUUUCUGUAAGGACUUGGUGGAGGUGGCGGACAUUUUGGAGAAGACUGCUGAGUGCAUUUCUGAAGAAACAGAGCCUGGGGACCAGACACUCACUCUGGAGAAGGUCUUUCGGGGGCUGUCACUCCUAGAAGCAAAGCUGAAAAGUGUGUUUGCCAAGCAUGGCCUGGAGAAGAUGGCACCCAUCGGUGAUAAAUACGACCCUCAUGAGCAUGAACUUAUCUGUCACGUGCCAGCUGGUGUUGGGGUGCAGCCUGGCACGGUGGCGUUAGUAAGACAAGAUGGCUACAAACUUCAUGGUCGUACCAUUAGACUUGCCCAGGUAGAAGUGGCAGUGGAGUCUCAGAGAAGACUAUAAAUGGGCCAUCAAGGAACUGCAUGUUCUCCAGAGUGCAGCCACCUUUGUUUCCUUAUUUAUUAAACUAGGUUUGUAUUGUACAUGAGGUACUUCAUGUGAUCUGUUUUGGAUUUAGUCAUAUUGGCUUUAUUUCUCAGAUAGUCUUUUGAUUUAAUGCGACCUGUUCGGUCUCAUCAGAAGUCUUGCCAUUGGGCAUUUGAACAAUGUGACAAGUGUUCCUACAACCUUUGUCAAAAUAUGUUUACGAAAAUUAUUUUUAAAUUGGUACUCUGAUGACUUUGAAUCCAAAAUCCUUAUAACUGUAGUUUCAACUAAACAUUCUUUCCUAAUGUUCCCUGUAAUGGAAAUUGUAUAGCAGCUUGUGUUUUUUUGAAAAGGGAAAUAGUGGGGAUUGGUUCAACACAUGGGUGCUUAGAUGAUAAAGCUUCAUAAUUGUAAGUUUAUCAUUUGGGUUGAUUCUCAUACAUACAGAUUUUUUAUUUCCUGCCCUUUUUUGUUGUAUUAUUUUCCUGUCAGUCAUCCUUCAUCCUUGUAGUCCCUGCCAAGUAUGUUUUCACGCUCACAUCAUUGUCCCAGCCCACUCCUUUCUGACUCCCACUUGCAGGAGCUAAAGGCACAGGCAGACAUGGGGGCAGGGAUCAUGGAAGAAAUCUGAUACCCAGGACCCUUUCAAGCAAGGAUGGCCAGGAAACCUUGUGCUUUAUUUGUUCAGAGUUAUCUUCAAAUUAUUUUCAGCCUCCUGAGCUGUGUAAUCCAGGAAAACUGAGGUAGCACCAACAAGUCGUUACCUAAAUGGAUCUACAUAAGCAGUUUACCUACAGCUUGUUGCUCUGCCAGCCAUGACUCAUUUGCCCCUUUGUCAGAUUUGCCUUCUGAUUCUUUAUGAGAUUAUUGGGGAAGCGAGCAGGACCAAAAUGUUGGGCUCCCACAACCUCUCAUUUCAUUUAGUGAUGCUGAAUUUUUUGAUUUGAUACUCACACAUCACUACCUCUGUUCACUGACAAGCUUUACUUCCUAGCUUUUAUGUCUUAGGUCACAUUUAUGUAAGCACCUAGCUCCCUUUUUAUGUAUUAACAUACUACAGUUAAUGGACCUCUGUGUUUAUUUUUGUUUGUUUUUCAACCCUGCUUAUAGUCGUCUUCUGUAAAGGAUUUGUCCAAUAAAUGAGUGAAAGAAUGCUACAUCAAUCAGACUUUAGAAAGAUCAAUCAUGGGUAUUUAUGUUAGAAGAGGCCUUAAUCUAAUCUCAUUCUUUGUGCUUCUAAAGUAUGAUAGUCUUUAGGACUGGACCUGAAGUUAAAAAAAAAAAAAAAAUCUAGUGAUGAAAUUUCAGUGAGAAUUUGAAUAAGAAACUGUAUUAAUGUCAAUCAUUUAAUAUUAAUGAACUUCCAAAUAUGUCCCCAGUAGAUAAUUGUUAGAUGGUAAGAUUACAAAGGUUUGGGCUUAAGUUAGUUACCUAUAAUAUAAAUCAACUUCCACACUUCUAGGUUCUUUGGCUAAGAUGUUAAUUAAAUUGACAUGAGGCUGAUUAACAGAGGAAAACUCCAUGAUUAAUUAUAUAUAUUCAAGAGUUCUGCAGAAUUAGUCUUGAGGAAGGGUCACACAGUUCAAGCUUGCAGCAUCCUGAACUACAGACAGGAACAGGGGCUGAGCAGGGUGGUGAGAGGAGGAAAUGAAUGGAGGAAAUCACCCAGUUAAAGUCUAAUACAAAUUAUCUGUAGCCACCCUCUUCCUAUUUAUUAUUUAUGCUAAUGUAGGUUUCCCUUAUAGGUAUAAAUUUCCUCCUUUUUAGAUACCUGUGUCCAGUUUUUGUCAAAAUUAUCAGCUUUAAAUAUGCCAAAGAAGGAUAUUUUGGGGUGCCACAUUCUGGUUUUUUUUAAGAGUAUUUUGGGAUGGUGUGUCCUGAGCCCAAUAUCCCCAUUCGAAGAUACCACAUUGGCCCUUUAUAAUAAAGCCGUGCCCUUGUGAGCCCUACCAUCUCCAUCUUCACAUUUAGAUACUCUUAAAAGGCAAUCAAAAGACUGGUAGUAAGAUUAUAAAACCAGAAUCUUUUUUUUCAUUCCACCAAGUGCAUACUGUAAUUUGAGCAAUCAAAUUUCACAAUAAGAAUUUGUGUUGUAUUUUUUGUUUGUUUGUUUUGCCUUUAUUCCUUGAGAUUGACAGAUGGUGACAAUAGGAGGGGGGAAAGCCCUUUAUAAUUACCCAUGUGUGUUUUUGGAACACUAGCAAUUAUUACCAGUUAAUUAGAAUUAACCAUAAUUUUAGAUAUGGAAUGUUCUGAUUACCUAAAGUGUUUUCUGCUACUCCAUUCCACCUUCUAUUUUUGCAAGUAGAUUAAGAAUCAUUUUAGGUUCUUUUAUUAUUCAGUACUUUUGCAGAGUUAAAAAUCUAAGUUUAGAAUUGGAGGGUGAAGCUACAAGAGAAUGUCAACUGGAAGGGCUGUGGGGGAGCCAGAGCAGCAUAAUAGAGCAUAGGCUUGGUCAGCAUACACUUGAACCUGAUCCCAGUUCACUCACCUGUGUGACUGGCACCAGUCAUUUACUCUUCUGAGCCUGUUUCCUUAUUUGUAGAGUGCUUUUAAUUCUCUCAUGAUACUGUGAGGGUUAAGUGAAAUAUGUCAAUUGCCUACUACAGUAGGCCCUCAUAUUUAUUUUUAUCCUUUUUUUGUUAUGCACAUUGUACAGUGUUUUUGUAGCUGCCUAAAGUCUAAGGAAAGGGGAAGACUAGUUAAAUGAUGAUUAUUAAAAAACAUAUAAGCUAAUCAUUUACAGUGAAUUUUUUCCUUCCAGUUUCUGGUUGGUUGGUUGUUUUGUUUUUAAUUAACCACCACAAGGAACAUACAUUUUUAGAUUGAACAAGAAAAUUGUGUUAGUGCUCUUAAUUAUUUUGAGGUGACAAAACAAGAAGACAGUGUCUAGCAGGUGGUGUGUAAGGAAGCUGUGGCUCACCUAGGAGGGAUGUUGGUGUUGUAGUACUUGGAUUCUACAGACCUUUUACUGACUUUCCUUAUUGCCAUAAAGGAAUCAGUCAGUUUGAAGUUGAUACAAGUUAUUUGGUGUGCUCAUUCAUGAUGUAAGGAUGAAACGUAAUAUCCAGAAACAACUUUAAUAAAAAAUUGGAAUA